AGUUCUCAGAUAGUCUCCAAAUACCAAGAGGGGCGACCCUGUGAAUCAACUUGAGGGGCGUCCCCGAUCCUUCACUGCUCGACCUUCAAAUUUCCCUCACUUUCUUGCUUUCUUUCCCCUCCUUUCUCUCUCGGCAAACGCCCGCUUCUUCUCCUUCUCUUUCACAUUCCUCUUUCUCAGUUCCUCUGAGCACGAAAUGAGUUGACAGUGGUGGUGAUGAAGCACGGACCGGCGAGGAAUUUAUCUCCGAAUUGGUUAAUCUAUCUGGAAGGUUUUGUAUUUUGGGGACCGCCAGAGUCACGUUUACACUUCUCACUCCUCAGGAACUGUCUAUUCAGGCGUCUGAACGGUUUUUCCCACUGGAUGAUACUUAUUAGAUGUUCUUCUGGCGGCAAUCUUGAUUGUUGUAAUAAACAAUUCUCUUGUCUCAUACGAAAGUGGUUGUUCAUAUGCAGUGAAUUUUAGAAGAGUGGUGUUCUGUCUAUUCCAAUUUCUUGGUUUUUGAUGUCUGCUAUUGAUUAUGGAAAGUCAAAGUCAUUCAAAGGUCAGCGGGGCAAAGAUGAUGCUUUCACCACCAACUGGAACUUUUCAGGAUCGUGAAGACCUUAUUAGACAUGUUCGUGAUUUUGGGGCUAAUCAAGGAUAUGUGGUGACUAUUAAAAAAUCCCGAAAGAAUAGAAGAGUCAUACUUGGCUGUGACAGAGGAGGAAUUUAUCGAAACAGGCGCAAGAUUGAAGAAUGUAAACGCAAAAGGAAAGUGCAUUCUCGCCUCAUUAAUUGUCCUUUUGAAGCUGUAGGUAAAAAGGAAGAAGAUGUAUGGGUACUGACUAUAAAAAAUGGUGAGCACAACCAUGAACCUUUGAGAGACAUAUCUGAGCAUCCUUAUAGUCGUCGUUUUACUGAGGAAGAGGUUAGGAAAAUCAAACUAAUGACUGAAGCUGGUGCAAAACCUCGUCAAGUACUUAAGGCUCUCAAGCAAACUAAUCCAGAGCUUCAGUCAACACCAAGGCAUUUAUACAACCUUAAAGCUAAGUUCCGUCAGGGAAAUUUAUCAGAGAAAAGUUUCAAAUCAUGGAGACCCAAUAGAUCUGUACAAGUAAACACUUCUGUGGAGGCACCAGCAAAGCACAAAUGUCCAGUGAAGGUUCCCAAUUUUAUUGGAGGGAAAUUUAUGGAUUCACAAGCAUGUGCAAUAGUUGAUGUUGUAAAUCCUGCAACACAAGAGGUAGUUUCUCAAGUUCCUUGUACUACAUAUGAAGAAUUUAAAGUUGCAGUUCAUGCAGCAAAAGAAGCUUUUCCUUCAUGGAAGAACAUACCUAUUAGUACUCGUCAACGCAUCAUGUUUAAGUUCCAAGAACUCAUUCGCAGAGAUAUUGAUAAGCUUGCAAUGAACAUUGCUACAGAGCAGGGGAAGCCAUUGAAUGGUGCCAAAGGCGAUGUGCUCCUUGGUUUAGAGGUCUUGGAACAUGCCUGUGGAAUGACAAAUCUCCAAAUGGGGGAGUUUGUUCCCAAUGCGUCUAAUGGAAUUGAUACCUACUGCAUCAGAGAACCAGUGGGUGUUUGUGCUGGGAUCUGUCCCUUCAACUUUCCUGCAAUGAUUUCUUUAUGGAUGUUUCCUAUUGCAGUUACAUGUGGCAAUACAUUCAUACUUAAACCUUCUGACAAGAAUCCAGGGGCUUCAAUGAUUCUUGCAGCAUUAGCAAAGGAAGCCGGUUUGCCUGAUGGUGUCUUAAAUGUUGUUCAUGGGAGCAGUGAUAUUGUCAACCAUAUCUGUGAUGAUGAUGAUAUUAAAGCUAUAUCAUUUGUUGGUUCAAAUACAGCUGGGAUGCAAUUAUAUGCUAGGGCAGCAGUUAGAGGCAAACGUAUUCAGACCAACAUGGGAGCCAAAAACCAUGCUAUUAUCAUGCCUGAUGCAAGUGCUGAUGCCGCAUUAGAUGCUCUGGUUGCUGCUGGUUUCAUUGCUUCCGGACAAUGGUCCAUGGCACUCAGCACAGCGAUAUUUGUUGGAGGCUCAAUGCUGUGGGAAGAAGAACUUGCAGAACGUGCCAAAGCUCUAAAAGUAAAUGUGGGAACAGAGGCUGGUGCAGACAUUGGACCUGUUAUUACUAAAGAGGCAAAGGAUCGGAUUUGCAGAGUAGUCCAGAGUGGAGUUGAAUGUGGUGCUAGACUUAUUCUUGAUGGGAGAAAUAUUGUGGUCCCUGGAUAUGAGCAUGGAAACUUUGUGGGUCCAACCAUCCUAUGUGAUGUUACAACAAGUAUGGAGUGCUACAAGGAAGAUAUCUUUGGACCAGUUCUCCUUUGUAUGCAGGCUGACAGCUUAGAAGAUGCCAUAGCUAUAGUCAACAGAAGCAAGUGUGGAAAUGGGGUUGCCUUGUUCACCACAUCAGGUAUUGCUGCAAGGACUUUCGAGAGUGAAAUUGAGGCUGGCCUGGUGGGGAUAAAUGUUCCUGUUCCAAUUCCGUUGCCAUUUUCUUCUUUCAAUGGAUCUGAGGCAUCUUGUGCUGGAAAGGCAGGCGUACAACUCUACACACAAAUUAAAACUGUGGCACAAAGAUGGAGGGAUUUACCAAGCAGAAGAGUCUCACAGCCUCUACCUGUAACGUCAGAGACUGAAAUUACAAGUCGAGGAGCGUCCCUAGUGCAACCUCCAACCUCUGAGAGUGAUUUACCUAGCCAAGAAGUGUCGCCAGCAAUGCCUUCAGCACCUGAAGGGGAUUUAUCAGACCACAAUGCAUCACUUCCCUUGACUCCAACAUCUGAAAGGGAUUUACCAAAUCCAGAUCCUUUACCUUCUAUACCUCCAACAAUGGACAGAAAUUUACGAACCCAGGCAGCCUCACAGACAAUUCCUGGCACCUCUGAUAUAGAUUCAACAAACCAGGAAAUAUCAUUACCUGUGCACCCAGCAACCGAAAGGCGGUUACCCGGCACUGGAAUGUCAUUAUCUGUGCCUCAAACAUCUGAUAGGCUAUACAUUCCUCAAGCAUCUCACUGGGGUGAAAAUGUUCCCCUUUGUUCCGAGAGGAUUUAUAUUCCUCCAGCAUCUCAGAGGAGUGAUGAAAUGGUGGCAACGUGUCAGAGAAAAGAUGUUGCAACUUCAACUUCUGAGAGGGUGUACUUGCCAACAUCUCACAUACAUGAUAUUAUGGCUUCGGGGUCUCACAGGAAUGACAGUGUUGGUCCUUUGUCUCAUAGGACUGACCCUAAUAUGCAUCCAACUUCAGAACGGCUAUACAUAUCUACAGUUUCUCAUAGGAGUACCGAAAGUGUUGGUUCGUGUCAAAGGACUGAUACAAUGAUGUAUAAAAAGUCCGAGAGGGUCUACAUGCCAACAUCCCACCAAAGUGACAGCUUGGGUGGUCUAAUGUCUUUAAGAACUGACACUACAUUGCUUCCAGUGUCUCAGAGAAUUUACAUUAACUCGACAUCUUACAGGAAUCAAAAUGUGAUUCCCUCCCAAAGUUGUGAAAGCAUGAUUUCUUCCCAAAGGACUGAUACCAUUGCUGCAACAUCUGGGAAGGCUUAUUCAGCAAUGCAGGCAAACGAUGCUAUGCCAUCAACAUCUGAAGGGUUAUACCUACCUGGUACGCAUCAAAGGAUCUAUACUCCACACCAACUGCUAUUGCUCGAUGAGUUCCCUGGCCAAGGAGUGUCUCUGAAUAUGCCAACUUCUCAAAGAUUGUAGUAUCCAACCCAUGUGGGAUUUAGAUUUUACCAUUAGGAACUUGGCAAUAGGUUAACAAAAGUUGCAGACAGAAUCAACCUUCUUUCAAUGUGAAUUUUGUUUUCUUCUUACUUGGAUCCCUAUGUUAGAGUUGGGGUCGCCAUUUACAUGUUUCAGUGGCACUUCCAAAUUCCUCUUCUUUUUCUGAUAGUUAUAAUGUGGAAAGGGGAAAAUAGUGCCUAGCUUUAA